AGGCUAGAUGUGUCCUCUGAGGCUGGAGCAGGAAUACUGAAUGGACUUUUAAAAGAUUACAGGCUCAAUGAUAAUAUAGCCAGUACCUGUACCUGUACCUGUACCUGUACCUGUUCCUCUACCUCUACCUCUACCUCUACCUCUACCCCUAACACCUGUAUCUGUACUAAUAAAAAUAAACUCUAAGCGACGAAAAGAGUAUAAUGCACUGAAUGGAAACAUAUCGACAAAACUAAUGGAUAAACUGAUAAAGGAAAAGUUGCAGAAAAAAAGUUAGACCAAGAAGAAUAAAGUGUGAUGAGUGUGAUGCCACAUUUCCUGGUAAUGUCCAGCAAACUACUCUACUGAGACAUGUAAACAAGCUCCAUAAAUUACCUGAAGACGAAAAUUGAAGAAAAUCUGAAGAAAACUCGAUGAUUGUGUCUAGAAGAUGUGCCAUGCAGAAUUCCGAUAGCAGAUUGCAGAUUGCAGAAUUCUGAUAGCAGAUUGCAGAUUGCAGAUUGCAGAUUGCAGAUUGCAGAUUGCAGAUCUACAUCCGAAAAUUGCAUUUCAAAUUAUGUUUUCACCUUUAAUCAUAAAACAUGAUUUUUUUCUUCAUUUAUUUAUUAAACAUGAUACAUUUUGUUAUAUUUUCAGAGGAAUAAUGUCAGUUUUCGAUUGAUAAAAAUUGGAUCGUUCAGUUGAAUCAGAAGUUCAUCAAAUCAAAGAUCUACGCUUGCCUAGAAGGAAGAAGAAUUGAUGUUGUUUUUGUAAGUACCUAGUAUACUAACUGAAACAAAAUGGAGGAGCACAUUGAGACCGAUGAGAGAGUGGUGGACACAGAAACAUCUGAUAAUAAUGGUGAAAAAACAUAUUCUUGUCCUGUUUGCGGAAAAGGUUUUUCCCAUAGUCAGAGUAGAAAUAGACACGUGAAAACUCACACCGAACAUACAAAAACAACAUGCCCGAUCUGUGAAAAAGAAUUUGCGCGGGCAGAUGCGCUUUCACGGCAUAUGGCAGUUCAUGCGCCUAAGGAAGAAAUACAAAUGUUCUAUUGUGAAAUCUGUGAAGAAGGAUCGACCUCAUUUAAGAGGCUAAUGAAACACAUGAAAACUCAUGACGAAUACAAAGACACGUGUGAAUUAUGUGACAAAGUCUUCUCUUCAAUUUCUAAUUUAAAAAGACACAUUGAGAGAACCCAUAAUCAUGUGUCAGAUGAAACCAUGGAGAAAACUGAAAAAUCUUACACCUGUUCUUUUUGCCCGCAGGUGUUUAAACAUACUCAAAGUAGAAACAGGCACAUGAAAACCCACACAAACCCAGACAAAUACCAAUGCACAGUCUGCAACAGCGCAUUCCCACGGUCUGACACUCUAGACAGACACAUGGAGACCCACAAAGAAGAUCGGUUUCCUUGUGACAUUUGCGGGAAAUCUGUGAAAACCUACAGUAGGUUUGUGUCACACAUGACAACGCAUACUGGUAUGGUGUGUGGGGUUUGUAACAAAAAGUUUGAAACAAUUAGAAAUUGGCAGAGACACAUGAAGCGUCAUGAGGAGGAGGGUUUGAAUGUGGAGGCUUGUGUGGAGGGUAGUUUGGUGGAUAAUUUGGAGGGUAGUUUGGUGGAGGGUUUGGAUGUAAAGGCUUGUUCGGAGGGUAGUUUGGUGGAUGGUUCGGAGGAUGAUUUGGAGGAUAAUUUGGAGGAUGGUAUGGAGGAUAAUUCUGAGGAUGAUUUGGAUGACAGUGAUCUUAUGGAAUCUGAUGUUAAACCUGUUUUAAGAACUGUAACGGACCUCAAAUGUAAAGAUGUGAACAAAAUGGUUAAAAACAUGGACGCGGAGAAUGAAAUUAAAAUGGAAACUGAUCUUGGAAAUAUUGUUUCCGAAGAAGACUCUAUGGAAACCAUUUCUAUAGUUGAAGAGGAUAUUGGUGAUCAGUCAUGUUCCUUGAAACGACACAUGAAGAGGCUUCACGGUCCGAAUAUUGAACUAAAAGAUAAAGAUGAACAAGCUGCGAAACAAACUAAACCGGAAGAUACUAAGAUACACCCCUGUGGUGAGUGUGAAGAAGUCCUCACUUCCAAAGAAGAUUUGAGAGAACACUGGACGACUCACAAAGACUUUAAACCCUACAAGUGCUCGUUGUGCGAGCAAAGCUUUAAACAUUCACAGAGUAGAAACAGACAUUUAAGAACACAUAAAGAAACUGGAAACCAUUCAUGUACUAUCUGUAACAGUAAGUUUAAUCGUCAGGAUACUUUGAAGAGACACAUGAUUAGCAAACAUACUCCUAAAGAAUCACUUAAGCGAUUCUCGUGUACAAUAUGUGAAGCCUCCUAUUUAAUUAAUGAAAAUUUGGAGAGACACAUGAAAACCCAUUCUGCAAGAGGAUUCCACUGUAAACUAUGUGGUAAAUCUCUGUCGAACGCGGAUAGAUUAGCGUCCCACAUGACCUGCCACACUGGGAUAGUCUGUGCAAUCUGCAACACAGCCUUUGCUAAUCCAAGGAAUUUGAAAAAACACAUGAAGAAACAUGAAAAAGAAGUUGUUAUUAAGAUAGAAACUGAUAUUUAAG